AUGUUCAAGUCCGCACUGCCUCGCGCAGGUCGAUCACUUCUUCCCACCCGAGCUGUUCCCCAGACUACUCCCUCAAAUCUACGAAACACACCACGGCUCCAAGUCUUCUCACAGUCACAGCUACAGCGGCGAGGAUACGCCACUGAAGCUCCAGAGUACGAUGUCUUGUUCAUAGGAGGUGGCGUCGCAGGCUAUGUCGGUGCCAUAAAGUCGGGACAGGAGGGUCUCAAGACAGCAUGUAUCGAAAAGCGCGGUGCACUGGGCGGCACAUGUCUCAACGUCGGCUGUAUACCUUCGAAAUCGCUCCUCAACAAUUCCCACCUGUACCAUCAAAUAUUACACGACACAAAGAAGCGCGGCAUCGAGGUCGGCGAUGUCAAGCUCAACCUACAACAGAUGAUGAAGGCUAAAGACGAGUCAGUCGCCGGCCUCACAAAGGGCGUCGAGUUCCUCUUCAAGAAGAACAAGGUCGACUACAUCAAAGGCACAGGCUCGUUCGUUGACGAGCACACCGUAGCAGUCAACCUGGUCGACGGCGGAGAGCAGCAUGUCCGCGCAAAGAACAUCAUCAUCGCCACCGGCUCAGAAUCAACACCAUUCCCCGGACUCGAAAUCGACGAGAAGAAAGUCAUCACCUCAACCGGCGCCAUCGCCCUAACAGAAGUCCCCAAGAAAAUGACCGUCAUCGGCGGCGGCAUCAUCGGUCUUGAGAUGGCCUCAGUCUGGUCCCGCCUUGGCUCCGAAGUCACCGUCGUCGAAUUCCUUGGCCAAAUCGGCGGCCCCGGCAUGGAUGCAGAAAUCGCCAAACAAUCGCAAAAGAUUCUCUCCAAACAAGGCAUGAAGUUCAAACUCAACACCAAAGUCACCGCCGGCGACGCCUCCGGCAACGGCGUCAAGCUCUCCGUUGAAGCAGCCAAAGGCGGCAAAGAAGAAACCCUCGAAUCCGAUGUUGUCCUCGUCGCAAUCGGCCGCCGCCCCUACACCGAAGGUCUCGGCCUGGAAAACGUCGGAAUCGAACUCGACGAGCGCAAACGCCUGAUCAUCGACCAGGAAUACCGCACAAAAAUCCCCCACAUCCGCGUGAUCGGCGACUGCACGUUCGGGCCCAUGCUAGCACACAAGGCGGAAGAAGAGGCCGUCGCGGCCGUGGAAUACAUCUCCAAGGGCCACGGCCACGUCAACUACGCCGCCAUCCCCUCCGUCAUGUACACCCACCCCGAAGUUGCGUGGGUCGGGCAAAAUGAAGCCGAACUGAAAGCACAGAAAAUCAACUACAAAAUCGGCACAUUCCCCUUCACAGCCAAUUCGCGCGCAAAGACGAAUCUUGAGACCGACGGCAUGGUGAAGUUCUUGAGCGACGCAGAGACAGAUCGGAUCCUGGGCGUGCACAUCAUCGGUGCAAACGCGGGCGAGAUGAUUGCGGAGGGCACGUUGGCGGUUGAGUAUGGAGCGAGCAGUGAGGAUGUGGCGCGGACGUGCCAUGCGCAUCCGACGCUGGCGGAGGCGUUCAAGGAGGCCGCGAUGGCGACUUAUAGCUCGGCUAUUCACUUUUAG